ACAGCAUUUUGGUUGCUAUGACAGUGCAUUGUUUGGUAUCAUAGCAACGCAACAACAACUGGGUCUACUUCAAGCAAAUCGACUGAUAAUGGCGAAGACAGGACAAAAUGAUGAGCAGGAUAAAAUGCUGGAGAUGUCCAAACUGAACCAGGAAAUUGGUCUGCUAAAUAAUCAGUUCAAAGAUUUAUUGUUUGAAAACAGAAAGAAGCAGAGAAUGAUCCAAGAUGAAAAUGAGGCCUUGGACAAGGCAAUCGAAGACUUGCUGCAAACAUUUGACCAAAGAGUUGAGGAACUGCAGACCAAGAUUGAGUCGAUGUCAAUUGCUUAUGAAAGCGAAACGGAGGAGUUGAGAAGGCUGGAGGGACUUUAUCCUGAGCUGAAGCUAGAUUAUGACAAGGUCCUGGAGCAGCAAAAGUUAAAACAAAAGGAAAAGUCGAAGGUCGAAGCUGCCGUUAUCAUCCAAACCUGGUGGAGAGAGUGCUGUAAACAAAAAAUAAUAACAAAAACUAAAACGAAUACAGCAGAAAACAAGAAGCCCAAAAAGGCCAAAACAAUGAAGAAGUGAACUGUAGAUCACUCUGGUUUACUAACAAGGUCUGUGGAGGUUGUGUGUUUUCUAGAUGUGUGUAAGAUGAAUUUGGUAAUCCACACCUUCAACUAUGACAUUUUGAAAUUUGUGUCCAUAUUAUUUGUAAAAUUCCUAUUUAAUGGACAAGAUUGGUUCAUCUUUUUUUGAUAGGUAGUUCUAAUAAAUGACCACAAGAAGGC